AUGGUAAGAAUUAAUAUGAAGGCCACCGGCGGGCCGUUCAUGUGGAAGAAACUAGGGCUGCCGAAACCCAUCCCCUCUGACAGUGACGAUGAAACGUGGGACACCACUCCACCGGCCACCACCAGCACCGACACGCCACCAGCUACUGAAACAGCAACAGGACGCACCGACUCACCGGCCGUCCAGACAUAUCACGGCCAGAAAUGGCCAAGAACUCAGUCGCCACCUCCACCGCCGAGAUCAGAGCCAGAACCAGAAACCACCAUUGCCACACAUCCCGCAGGUCAUGAGGAAGGCGAUGCAACCACUGAUGUGCCCAGCAAUUUGCCCACUGAUGCGCCCACUAGUACGCCCAGUGAUUUCACCAGCAAUGUGCCAAGCGCUAUGCCCAACGAUGUGCCCACUGAUGCGCCCACGGACUUGCCAAGUAAAGGGGCACUUGAUGAUAAUCGGACUCUGAAUGCCCUAGUCCUAAUUGAGCCCCUCCUCAAAAUGGCACAUAAUGAUUUCUCUCCAAAUUUACCACCAGAAGUGGAUGUUCUAUCUUUGGUUACCGUUAUUGCUGCCACAGUAGGCCUGCUCUAA